AUGAGCCCAUUAAUUGAGUUUAUUGACGAUAGGGAUUCAAAAAACGAUACCAGCAUUCAGAUUAUCGAUGGUCCCUCAAAUAUUGAAAUUAUUGCUCUAUCAGAAUCAAUAGAUCAAAAUGAGUGUAAAAUGUCACGCGAAACCUCAGCGGAUGUAAUGCCAUCGUCACCACAACGGAGGUCUUGUGUUUCAGACGAUCUUCAAAUUAUUGAACCGAACAAAUCUAUUGAACUUUCAGCGCCAUUCUUCCAGGAUAUCAGUGCAAGCAAACUGGAUGAUUAUUCCGCAACAGCAAACUUCAUUGCUGAGUCCUCUUCGAGAAAUGAAAACAAUUCAGGAGGAAACGCAAAGAGGCUUUUAGAUGAUCUUAUAAAUGACGAAUGGUCAGCUGAUAUUGAGUCGAGCGGGAAGAAGCAAAAAAAACAUCAAUAUAACUUGAAGAGCAUAGCAAAGAAAUGGGCAGUACCGUCUUCUAAUAAUUUGAAGCCUAUUGUUAACAAUAACGAAUGUAAAGAACAAGAAGUUGUAAAACCCAAUAAUGGUGCUACUGAUAAUGAGAAAUCACUGAUAGGGACAGCCAAUAUACUAUUCGAUUUUCCGUUAUCUCCAGUAAAAUAUGAGAAUUCAGCUGAAGGAAAGCAUGCUUCGCUUGUUAAUCAUAACUCUUCGCCAGAACGUAACCGAGAGACCUUAGUAGAACAAAACCAUGAUGAAUUUUUGAAAGUCGUAGAGAAAAGAGUACACAAUAAAGGUGAAGACGAUUCUGAACAUCUUCCAAGAGAAAAGAAAAGAACCAUAGCGUUAUCAAAAACACUGAUGAAAAGUACUAAAGCACCUGACACAGUAGAAUUAAACCUUUCCAGAUUUCUUGAUUACUCAGAUAGUAUUAGCGAUAAUGCUCUUUCAACACCUAUUAAGGAGAGUAAUGUGGUGAGGACUGGAAGCCAGCCGGUCUUCCAAAACGCUAACCAUUUCCAAGAAGCAAGACGAACCAGAACUUCUGCAAAUGAUGACAAUAAAGGUACUCAAAACACCGCUAGAGAAGUAUCACAACUAGAAAGUUAUAUUGUUUAUGGACAAUAUUUUUCUAGAGAAGAAUCAAAGCACAAAAUACGGCAUCUAUCAAAAGAGAACAAGAAUGCUUUUAAAAGAGUUAAUCAAAUAUAUCGAGAUAAUGUAAAAGCACGCUCUGAGGUAAUUAUAGAGUUUUCGCCGAGCCUUUUCAAGUUGUUUCAAAAGGUUGAGGGCAACUUACAGCAACAGAUAGCUCCUGCAGUUAUUCAAUCAAGCUAUGACGAUUCUAUACCUCUUUUAAGAUUUCUUCGGAAAUGUGACAGUAUCUACGACUUCAACAACGAUUUCUAUUACCCCUGCAAUCAUAAAAUUGUUGAAGAAAACGUUUUAAUUUUAUAUUAUGAUGCACAGGAAUUUUUUGAACAAUAUACUUCACAAAAGAAGGACUUGUAUGGAAAAAUACGCUUUUUUUCGAAGAAUGGUAAACAUGUGGUUCUUGUUUUAAGUGACUUAAAUAAACUCAAAAGAGCAAUUUUCCAGAUAGAAAAUGAAAAUUACAAAGCCAGAGUACAACAAAGAUUGUCAGGAAGUGAAGAAACAUCAAGACCUAAAAGUAAAAAAUCAAGCCAAGUUGGAGAAUUAGGGAUAAAAAAAUUUGAUUUAGAGCAACGGCUGCGUUUCAUCGAUAGAGAAUGGCAUGUUAAAAUACACACCGUUAAUUCGCAUAUGGAGUUUGUUAAUUCUCUACCGAAUCUGGUAUCAUUAAUUGGAAAACAGCGUAUGGAUCCUGCAAUCAGGUACAUGAAAUAUGCUCAUUUAAACGUAAAAUCAGCUCAGGAUAGUACGGAAACAUUGAAGAAAACGUUCCAUCAGAUUGGGAGAAUGUCUGAGUUGAAAGCAAAAAACGCUGUAAGUUUAUAUCCCAGUUUUCAAUCACUAUUUGAAGAUAUGCAAAAGGGAAGACUUCAGUCAGAUAAUGAAGGUAAAUAUUUGAUGACUGAAGCCGUAGAAAGAAGACUGUACAAACUGUUUACUAGUACUGAUCCUAAUGAUGCUAUUGAGUGA